AUGUUGAAUAGAAUCGCCCUUUUAGGGUGUUUCCUUCUAGUUUCCGUUUACGCAGAACUUGUCAGGGAUCGAGUGCAUACUGGUGGGCAAUCGGUUUCCAGUUGCAAUUCAUCCGAUACAUUUAAAUGUGAUGACGGAAGAUGUAUUCCUGUGGCGUGGAGAUGCGAUGGUGACAUCGAUUGUAGAUUCGGAGAAGAUGAGGACCAUUGCUCGGCGUCGUGUGCCAAGAAUGAGCACAUGUGCGGCAAAUCGUCUAUUCUCGAUUCUCGUGGUCAAUUGAAAUGUGUUCCGAAACGAUGGGUUUGCGAUGGAGAAUUCGAUUGUGAGGACAAGUCUGACGAAAAAGAUUGCAAAGAAAUCACUUGUGACAAGAAUCAGUUCAAAUGCGAGGACAUGUCUGGUGGAUUCAACUUGUGCAUUCCUAAAACAUGGAUUUGCGAUGGACAGCGUGACUGCAUUGGCGGACAAGACGAAGAGAAUUGCUCGGAAAAAAAAUGCGGCAAGACUGAUUUCGCUUGUGCAAAUGGAAAUUGCAUUUUCAAAAACUGGGUUUGCGACGGAGAGGAUGAUUGUGGAGACGAUUCCGACGAGUUUAUCAACGCACCUUCAUUCUGCAACAAAACUACGAAUGUUUGCGAUUCGGCAGAUAUGUUUAGGUGCCCAAAUGGUGAUUGUAUCCCAGCGAAAUGGAGGUGUGAUGGACAAUCGGAUUGCCGAGAUCAUGCUGAUGAGAGGAAUUGCAGUGUUGUUCAACACACUUGCAAGUUUGCGGAGGAAUUCGCCUGCAAAACAUCACAAGCUUGCAUUAGCCGCAAUUGGUACUGUGACGGAGAAGAGGAUUGUCCAGAUGGAUCUGAUGAGGAGAAUUGCGAAUCGUAUUCGAAGAAGUGUGCAUCAGGAGAACGCUCGUGUCCUCCAACAUUCGGUGCGUAUGGAGCAGAAUCUGGAUUGCUGAUCUGCAUUCCGUCAAAUGCUUUCUGUGAUGGAAUUGAAGAUUGUCCGGAUGGUGGAGACGAGAGGGGAUGCAAUGUGACCGCAGAAUGCACGGAGCAAGAAUACCAAUGCCCUUCUACUCCAAUUCAGUGCUUCAAUCGAACCGAUUUGUGCAAAAACUCAAAGUUCGAUUGCGGCGACGGAGCCUUGUCGAUUUGCGGCGAUUCGAAUAUAACCGAGUUUUGCACUAAAAAUUCGCAAGGAUGCACUUGCAGAAAAUCUUACGUGAAGGAUGUGGAAGUGUGCUACUGCAAAGAAGGAUACAAGCUGGUGGAUGGGAACUGCGUCGAUAUUAACGAAUGCGAAAUCGCUGGAACUUGUGAUCAAAUCUGUGUUAACAAGGAGGGAUCGUACUACUGUGCUUGUCAUCCUGGCUACAAACUCAGCUACAGCAAAGAUCAAAUCGGACGCGUUCCGAAUCGUUGUCGUGCGAUGGGUGGCGAUCCGCUUGUUUUGCUCAGCACUCGCGCCUCGAUCCGCCAAUUCGAUCUUGUCACCAAUUCUCAUUUUCCAUUAUCGAGCAAACCUGGCUCCGCCGUCGCAAUGGACUUCCAUUUGACGAAUGGAACUCUUGUUUGGUCCGACAUCAACAAGAAACGAAUUUUGAUGUGCAAAAUUGGAAACAGCACAAAUGGAAUUCUGUUCUCGGAAAUCUGUGAUGAGAAUCACUUCGUUGUUCUCAACGAGAACAUCAAUACUCCGGAUGGAUUGGCUAUUGAUUGGGUUCACGAUUUGCUUUUCUGGACUGAUGGAGGACUUGAUCAGAUUAAUGUUCUCAACCUGAAGAGUGGAAAACGACGUGUUUUGUUCUCUUCGGAACUCGAGGAACCACGUGCAAUCGCUGUCGAUCCAGAAGUUGGUUUGAUCUUCUGGACUGACUGGGGAAAGAAAGCUCGUAUUGAACGCGCUGGAAUGGACGGACAACAUCGAAUUGUGAUCGUCGAAGGAGAUCGUGUCGUCUGGCCGAAUGGACUAGCAUUGGAUUAUGUUGACAAGAGAGUCUACUGGGCGGAUGCUAAGAUAAAGAGCAUUUUUAGCUGCGAUUAUUGGGGAAAGAGAAUAAAGACUGUCCUCCAUUCUCAUGAAUAUCUUCACCAUCCCUUCUCGCUUGCUGUCUUCGAGGAUCGUGUCUACUACACUGAUUGGGAGCAUGACGGAGUUAUCACUGCUAACAAGUUCACCGGACAAGAUGUUCGUAAAGUGAUGGACAAUGUGCCAUCGCCGAUGACUGUCAAGAUUUAUCACAGACAGGCGCAGCCGGUGAUGGAUAAUAAAUGCCUUGGUGCAUUAUGUACUGAAUUGUGCUUGCCUCGUGCGGUAUAUAGAGAGGAAAACCGACUCGCCGAAAAGUCUUGGCAUGAUAGACCAUUCUCGUGUGCAUGCGAAGGAACUCGUGCUGAUGACAUAUUUGAAUGCAUUGUUAAUAUGGAAUCAGGAUCCGGUAUUUCAAUGAUUGGCGUCUUCUCGUUAUUCGUGUUCGCCGGAAUCUGUAUUGGAAUGUUCGUUAUGUAUCGACGUCGCCAUGGUGCAGGAGCAUUCACUGCGCUCAAUUUUGACAAUCCGAUCUAUCGUCGAACCACUGAGCCAUCAGAACACCAAAUGGAAGACCCGUUCAGAGAUCCAUUCGUCGAGCCCGAUAACAGGGAAGCUACGGGUUUGCCGGCACUUGUUGGCGACACGGAGAGGCCGCCUAACGGACUCCAAGUCUAA